CUAAUAUUUACUACAACACCAACACACUUUUACAUGAUGGAAUACAACCACAACCAAACCAAAAUGAGCGACUUGUACACCAACUGUACACCACUGUCGGUACAGAAGAUAAAAAGCGCAAAGCAGCAGAACAGUGAAGAGGAACUGGAGACAGCUUACACCACCAUACUGGGCGCACUGGGAGAGGAUACAGAGCGCGAGGGGCUUCUGAAAACCCCUCAACGAGCCGCCAAAGCCAUGCAGUUCCUGACCAAGGGCUACCAGCAAACCAUCUACGAUGUCCUUAAUGAUGCCAUCUUCGAUGAGGACCAUGAUGAGAUGGUUAUAGUCAAGGACAUUGACAUGUUUUCUCUUUGUGAACAUCAUCUUGUACCAUUUUUUGGCAAGGUCCACAUAGCAUAUCUGCCAAAUAAAAAAGUGGUUGGCCUGAGUAAAAUGGCCAGGAUUGUGGAAAUCUACAGCCGCAGACUGCAAGUACAAGAGCGCCUGACAAAGCAGAUUGCUAAGGCCGUCUUUGAAGCUGUGCAGCCCGCUGGAGUAGCAGUAGUCAUAGAAGCAGCUCAUAUGUGCAUGGUCAUGCGUGGAGUACAGAAGAUAAACAGCCGCACCGUGACCAGUACCAUGCUGGGAGUGUUCAAGGAAGAUCCAAAGACCCGAGAGGAGUUCCUGGCCCUGACCAAGAGUACCUAGGGUGUCACUGUGCCUUUAUUGAAGACUCCACUAAAUAAAAACAAGCAACACCAGCAAUGGAACUUCAGCUGUAGUGAGCUGUGCUAUUUAUUAUA